AUGGACGCUCCCGCUGCCCCCAGGACGUCGCAGAACCUGUUCGAGGUGUACCUGCGCCUGCGUCCACCACCGGCCGGCGCCUUGUCAACCGCGGUGGCCGAGCGCGUGCUGACGGUCGAGACGCCGGACGGGGAAGGCGAUGAUGCGCCGCCGAGCCACAUCACGCUGAACCCGCCGUCGGACCGGCGGCGCGCGAUUGAGCGGUUCGGCUUCACGCAGGUGUUUGCGGAGACAGCGUCGCAGCUGGAUGUCUUCAAGAGCACCGAGAUUGUCGGCAUGGUGGAGGGCGUUCUGGCGGCCAAGGGCGGCGAGGGAACCGAUGCGGUUGUGGCGACACUGGGCGUCACGGGGUCUGGAAAGACGCAUACGAUCCUCGGCUCCAAGACGCAGCGCGGCCUCACGCAGCUCGCUGUCGACGUCGUCUUCCGGUCUAUCGGCCCCAGCAUGCUUGACGCGGCGGCCUUGCCUGCGGUGAUUGACUCGCUGCAGGCCUGCGAUCCUUCCGAAUCUACACUAGUGGCUGCGUCGCCGUACCUCGAGACUAUCUUCGCCGACCCCUCGCAGCUUCCGCGCGCCAGCUCGCGCGCCGCCACGCCCAUGAUUUGCCGUUCCCGGCUGCCCGGUCUCGUGCUGCCCAAGAGUCCGCCCAAGAAGCCACUCGACCCUCUCUACAUGGCCCUCACCGCCACCGCCCGCGGCAAAUCCAGCGCCGACCACCGACGCAACAUGACCGCUAACAGCAUGCAGGGAGACUUUAGCUCGAGCAUUAUGUCCCACGCGCCUCGCCGCAACCUCCCGCCCCUGCCAACCGCUCUCCCGAAGGAGCCCGACGUGAGCGGCAUCCUCGUGCCGUGCGACGCGUCGGCCGAGUACGUCGUCGUGGUAUCCAUGUACGAGGUGCACAAUGACCGCAUCUACGACCUCCUCACGCCCGCGACAAAGAACGCGGCGACCAAGGAGUUUCGCCGGCGGCCGCUGCUCUUCAAGUCGACGGAGCUGUCGCCGGACCGCAAGGUCGUCGCCGGCCUGCGCAAGGUCGUCUGCGCCACGGCCCGCGAGGCGCUGCUCGUCCUCGAGGCCGGCCUGCAGGAGCGCCGCGUCACAGGCACCGGCAGCAACAGCGUGUCGAGCCGCAGCCACGGCUUCUUCUGCUUCGAGGUCAAGAAGCGCCACGGUGGGCGGCGACCCGGCCCCUGGGGAGGCAGCAAGCUGACGGUCGUCGACUUGGCGGGCAGUGAGCGGGCCCGAGAGGCCAAGACGGCGGGCGCCACGCUUGUUGAGGCGGGCAAGAUUAACGAGAGCCUCAUGUAUCUCGGACAGUGUCUGCAGACCCAGAGUGAGCUGGGAACAUCAACCAAGCCCAACGUCGUCCCUUAUAGACAGUGCAAGUUGACGGAGCUUCUCUUUUCCAACUCAUUUCCUUCACACACUAGCCCGCAUAUGCCGCGCCGCAACCCGCAAAAGGGUGUCAUGAUUGUGACAGCGGACCCGGCCGGCGACUUCAAUGCCACCUCCCAGAUCCUUCGCUACAGCGCCCUCGCUCGCGAAGUCACCGUCCCGCGAAUCCCCUCCAUCACGGCUACGAUACUCGCCAACGCCCCUGCAUCGACAUCAGGUCCACGUUCCGUGAGCCCUACCCAGCACCAUUUCCAGCGCCCAUUUGUCCCCGCGGGUGGUAACUCGAGCUAUCGCAACUAUACACCUGUCGAUGAGCGCGCGACCAUGGAGAUUGCGGCUCUCGAAAUCGCCCGCCUCAGCGACGAGAUUGACCAGCUGCGUGCGGAGACGGAUGCUCACAUGGAGGCGCGUUUCACCGCCGAGGCGCAUCUGCUGAGCAUGGAGGAUCGCCUGAUUGACCUCGAGGCCGCAAUCCGCGACGAAUGCGCCGCCGAGUUUGAGCAGACCCUGAUGCUGGAGCUGGCUCGCUUCAAGACGAGCCUCGCGCUUGAGCAGGAGCGCAGCGAGGAGCACUGGGACCGCAAGGUGGACCUCCUUGAGCGCGGCCUGGACAGUUCGGCCCGCGACGAUGGCAGCGGCGGCGGUGACGAGUACAACAAGGAGAACGUCCUCGUGGAGGACCUCUCGCAGGAGGUUGAGCGGCUGCGACGGGAGAAUGCGGUGCUGAAGCGGGAGCUGGCCGGGCGCAGCCCGACGAAGCGCAAGCCCCUGGAGGAGAGGGAGGACUUCUCGCCGGCGCCGGAGUCGGCUGCCGCAAGCCACGCGGUGUCGAGCCUCGGCAAGAAGCUGGAGCGGAUGCGUGUUAAUGCCGAUGCCAGCCCGCGGUCGUCGAGCGGCGGGAGUCCGAAAAAGGUGCGCCGAACGGCCAAGGGGACGUAA